CAAAUUACGCAUGCGCAGUAGUCGGCGCUUUAAAACAAGUCUCGAGGAGGGAACAUGAAGGCUCGUGCAGGUGGACCUGAAUAACAGUCGAGGACAGCGGCUGCUCAGUUCUCAUGGGAGGUGUCUGUGGUUGAAAUGCCCCGCCGAGGCGCUGCAGGAUGAACAGUCGCUGUGUUCGCCAUGACUUUGAGGUCCACGCUGUUUCCAAAUACAGGAUUCAAGCAGGACGCUGACACCAUCGACUGUGACAAAACGAGACCCGUGAGCCUCAAGAGAGAGUCCUGCGACUUUGUUAUAGAUGUUCAUAACGCACACAGGGGCGACAUAAAGGACUUAGACCAGAAUUACAUGACAAGCAAAGUUUCCCUCGCGGCCACAGCUGCAGAAGUAGUUAAAGGAGACAAUAAAACUGUGGGGAUAUUGUCCCCUGUCAGACAAAUGGGGGGUGAGGGAACCCCAGUGAAAGGUAAACCCCUCUCUGCUGACAAUAUGGAUAACCCUCAGAUGGCUGUGAACAAUAACCCCAAGGAUGCAGGUGCAGAUGAUAGUGUGAAGGGGGUCGUCCCCGGAGUCCUUGGCACCGCAUCCAUUGAACUCUCCUCUGAGGGAAAGUGGAGGAACAUCAGGAAGACCCCUGCCAAUCCUCACACACAGGCCAACUGCCUCCGGCAGAUUCUCCUCCUCCAACUGGACCUCAUUGAACAACAGCAACAACAGCUGCAGUCCAAGGACAAGGAGAUAGAUGAGCUCAAAGCAGACAAGGAGACAUUGCUCGCACGUAUUGAGCGCAUGGAGCGUCGCCUGCAGCUCACAAAGAAGGACCCACCGCGUGACAAACGCCUUUUCCAGCCCCUGGAGCCAUGGACCCCUGACAAAGAAGAUAUGUGGGACCUGGAUGUAGAGGAGAGUCCACAGCCCAAUGCAGCCACUCAGCUCCCCUUUAGUCGCGGUGGCAAAGGUCAAAAGAGGAAAUCUUGCUUUGGAGAUGCAAAAGCCCAGAAAUCACGAGGCAAAAGUGCCAAGCUCAGCCCCCAAAAGCCUGAGAUUCAGCCCGGCUCUCCUAAUCAAAGAGAGCUGCGCAGUAAAGAAACCCCAGAGAAAAGCGUUCCCAUGAGGUCAGGGGCAGAAAGGGACAUUAUGCUCCCGUGCAAAGAGGAGCCGGAGCAGAGCUGUCAGAUUGAAGACCUGCCCUUCAUGUCUACUACAGAGAUGUACCUCUGUUGCUGGAACCAACCUCCUCUGUCUCCUCUGCGGGAGACUUCCCCUAAAAAGGAGGAAGAGGUGGCCAGUGAGUGGACUCCUCAUGUAGUACAUGAUAUGCUGAUUGUUUUCCCGUCUUGGAGGGAAAAUCACAUAGAGCCUUUGGAGGAGGACCCCUCCUUUAACCCCCCUGAGCCGCUGGACGACAAUGUGUUUUUGAAACGCCACUUGAAGCUUGAGUUGGAUGAGAAGAGAAGGAAAAGGUGGGACAUCCAGCGAAUCAGAGAGCAGCGCAUGUUUCAGCGUUUGCAGCAGCGUAUGAACAGGAAGAAAGUCGUCCCAGAGACUGAGCCAGAGCUUUCUUCCUUCUACCCCGACACUGAAGAUGUUGAAACUAUAGUGAUCACUCCCUUCUUGCCUGUGGUUGCAUUUGGCCGGCCGCUGCCCAAACUCUCACAACAGAACUUCGAGCUGCCUUGGCUGGAUGACCGAAGCCGAUGUCGCAUCGAGGUGCCCAAAAAACACACUCCUCACCGGACCUGUCGGAAGUGAAACCCUGUUGUGUGGCGUUGACAGCGGAGAGAUGCCGCCCCGUGCCCAGAUUAGAAAAUGCUAUAUUUGUCUUGCCUGUGGGGGGGGAGACAAGUCAUCAGUCGCUAUGUACAACUGCUGUUGCUUUCAGUCUGAAGUUUGAACGUUUCCCCACUGACCAGCUGAUCUCCUGCAGAAUAUUAUAGAAGGAUGGGAGACAGCUGUGACAGUGGGUGUCUCAUUUUGAUUAAAUGCCUGAUGCCACAAGAUUACAGUCCCUGUGUUAGCCACUGUUAAAGAUUACAGUUUGUAUCCUAAAAAAAGUGUAUGAGCAGUUAUGUGCAUGUUCUGCAACAUGUUUAAAAUACAUUGUGUAUCAGCUGUGCCAUCCACAGCUGAUUGAUUUUAUCACAGCAAAGUGGAGUUUCUGUCACUUCUAAUGCAGACGGGAUAAACUGACUCUAAUCUUGAGCGCAUUCAUGCGAGGUGGAAAAAAAACCCAUUGGUUGCCAUUUUUGACUGAAAUGUGGAAUUUGAGCUGUUCGCCAGGAGCAAUAUGGCGGCAACUUUUUGGUUCUGGGUCGUCCUACCACACUCAUUCUCCCUGCCUUAGUGGGAAAAAAAUGUCAAACUCUGACUGUCUCGUGCUGUGUAUUGCCUAUAUCGUUGUUCACACACAACUUCAAAUAAAAUUUUAUCAAUGUUUAGUGUGAUAUCGGGAGGUUUGAGCCACACUCAGCAUGAUGUCAUGAAACAAAUGACAGGUUUAGCCAAUCCGACGUCAGAAGAAGUUACAAAAAGCAACCCAAUGAUUGUUCUGUGUUCCUGGUUUGCUUUAUGAAAACAACAGCACGGAUGAUUGGACAGGUGGUGACCCAGUGUUCUGUUUCUUUAUUUUCAAUGUGAGUUGCAUGGACUCUAUUUAGCUGUUUAAAAGAAAAACAGGGUAGCAUGGCUUCACCCCAGAAAGAGACUAAUCUCUGCUCAUUGGGCGACAGAAACUACAAAAUAUUGUUGAAAGCAUGACUUUUGGCUGCUCUGUCCAGUGAGAGCUGCUGCGUUCAUCACAACAACACCUGAUAAUAACAGUCUUGAUCUUUGGUGUUUCCAAUCUUUACAAUACGCUUACAUCCAGUAAAUAUUAGGCAAGUUGUGUGUAUGCAUUUGGUCUCUUCAGGAUUCAAGGGAACCAUUUUAGAAGAUAAAUAAGCUUUCUAGCCGUAGUUCUAGCGAUGUUCACCGGUAUGCUCUUUAACAUGCUGCCAGUUAAUCUCUCCCUCUCUGAGUUCAUCUCAGUCGCAGUGUUUCAUUUCUUCCUCUGUUCGUACAUACAAUGCAACGGCUUUCUGCAGCUUCAACACUUCGACUGCCAGGCGUAUGUGUAGGCAUAUUUUGGAAAUACAAAGUUAACUUUUUUUUUCCUGUACAUAGCUUCCAGAAACAAAUGUACAUAAAACAUGGCUGUUAUUUUUUUAUUAUUUAAUGUCGGACGUGUUGAGUACAUUCAAUAUUGUUCUAUGAUUGUAUGUUGACAAAUUGACAGUUUUGAAAGUUACAUUUUUUUGGAAUAAAAUUAACAUGUCUACGAUA